UUUUGAUCUCAAGCUAUUUUGUUUGUUUUGUUUGCUGUUGGUAAAACUAUUUUUGAUUUCUGUUGGACUACCCAUAAAAUAAGAGGCGCUGAAUUAUUGGGCUAGUGACGUGACUGUAAAGUUCCUGGACAAUGGCUUCCAGCCUGUUACUGCACCGCCAGGUCACCAGACCCGGGUACUGGGUGCAUACUGGCAUGUAUCGGCUGCUGUCGCACAGCAGUUCUGCAAAAGUUGUUAAGCGCGACAUGGCUCCAUUUCCUCAAGAUGCCCCAACAGUAGAGGGUCCGGCAGAGUUUUCCCGGGCUGGGAUAGGGGGGUUCUUCCAGCAGAAGCCAGUGCUAAAGAACCCCUUUCUGGGGGAUGCUCUGUUACAGGGAUACCUGCGGAGACAUCUGCCCAGCGAGGCAGUGUACUCAGAUCUUCUGGUUUUUGGAGAGCGGUUGGUGUAUGAGGUGGAUGGUUGGGGUCGGGAGUGUGAGACCACACCCCCUAAGUUAGUGACAUAUGACCCCUGGGGUUGCCGUGUUGACCGCAUUGUCACAUCUCCCGCCUGGCAACGAAUGAAGGACCUAUCAGCGCAGGAGGGACUGGUUGCCAUUGGAUACGAGAGGACCUAUGGGGAGUGGAGUCGUGUGUACCAGAUGUGUAAGCUGUACCUGUUCUCUCCCUCCUCUGGUCUCUACACCUGCCCUCUGGCUAUGACUGAUGGAGCUGCCAAGGUUAUACAGGCUCUGGGUGUGUCCGGGCCAACACAAGAGGCCUUCAGUCGUCUGACCUCUCGUAACCCUGAAGACUUUUGGACGUCUGGACAGUGGAUGACUGAACGCAAGGGAGGAUCUGACGUGGGCAGCGGUACAGAGACCGUAGCAUUACCUCAGAGUGAUGGGACAUACAGGCUGUCAGGUUUCAAGUGGUUCACCUCGGCUACAGAUGCAGACAUGACUCUAACACUGGGCAGAGUUGCGGACAGAGAUGGACGGACCACACCGGGCAGUAGAGGUCUGUCUCUGUUCUAUGCUGCGGUGCGUGAUGAGGACGGGAUGGUUCAGGGCAUUGAGGUCCAGAGACUGAAGGACAAACUGGGAACCAGGCAGAUGCCUACCGCUGAGUUACUGCUGGACGGGCUGCCUGCUUACAGGCUGUCGGAGGAGGGGAGAGGAGUGGCGUGUAUCGCCAACAUGCUGACCCUGACGCGCAUCCAUAACAGUGUGUCUGCUGUGUCUGGUAUGAGGAGGGUACUCCAGCUGGCUCGUGACUACGCCACACGUCGUUCAGCGUUCGGGAAGCCCCUGAAAGACCACCCCCUCCACAUGCAGACCCUUACCAGGAUGGAGGUGGAGACUCGAGGUGCAUUCCUGCUGGUGAUGGAUGUCUGUCGCCUGAUUGGUCGAGAGGAGACAGGCCACGCCUCCCAGCUGGAUACUCAUCUCCUUCGUCUCCUGACCCCUGUAGCCAAACUCUACACUGGCAAACAGGCGAUUGCUGUGAUUUCCGAGGGGCUGGAGAGCUUUGGGGGGCAGGGUUACAUUGAGGACACAGGACUACCUGCAAUGCUCAGAGAUGCUCAGGUAUUGAGUAUCUGGGAGGGGACAACUAAUGUCCUGUCUCUGGAUGUUCUGCGCUGCAUCGCUCGGACUUCAGGCCUUGUACUGCAGUCCUACUUUACACACACUCAGUCACUUAUAGCGUCAGACUUCCUCCCAUCCCUGUCUGUGGCUGUGAGAUCAGUAGACAGCGCCCUCUGUGGUUUGAGAGAGUUCCUGCAGGAGGCAGUUCUUAAACCACCAGGCUACCUGGAGCUGGCAGCACGAGAUCUGGCUUACAGUCUGGCUCGCAUCUAUAUAGGUGCUCUCCUAAUUGACCACGCCUCAUGGGAGGGAGCCUCUCAGUCCGAUGCCUAUGCUGCUCUCCGUUGGUGUGAGCAGGAGCUGUGUCCUGUGCUCAGUAAUGCAGCCACGGGAUGCUACAACACGGAGACUUUGCCUCAGGAUGCUGCGCUGGUCUACGAAGCGUCGGCCAGACAGUGAAAGGCUGUGGGGGGAAGGCAGUUUAGUCAUUCUCAAUGGGAUGCACUUUAUGUAGGAACGGGGGAAGUUGUUAUGUAUUUGAUGGAGAAUAACAAACAUAAUUGAGACUUACUGAAAAACAGCCGUACUCAGUGCUGUGGCUGUAAAGCUCUCCUAGUGAAUCUCUGUUUAUACUUGUUUUUACUUUAUAUUGCCCUUGCAGUAAUUGGUUGAAGGAGUCAUAUUCAACAUAAUACAGCAGCUUGAGUGUUGUGUCAGUAGACGGGCAGGUAAACCAUAUUUGACUAAGCUAACAGAUGACUCAUGCUUCCAUUAUCACAUAUACAGAGUUGUUUGUUUGCGUAAGGCAUCUUCAGCCUUGGAAAGAAAAUGACAAUCCCGAGUAAGACCCAGUUGUUACAGAACCACCGGUAGGAUGACCUCACCUUGUAUGAUAACAUUCAGAGAAAGUCCCUGUACAUUUGAGCUUACAAACAAGACAGGCUUAUUGAAGAGGUAAAAAAAUUGGCUCCAAAGGUUACACUGGAGCAUAUCCAUAUUUGUUGAUCAUGUCCAGUCAUUGAAGUCUAUUGCUGUUAUGUCUAAGCCUUUAUUACAAUUAAAUACAUAAGGAGCACAACACUCUUAAAAUUACUUUUGACAUCAUGGCCUGAUGCCCCACAGGACCUUGUGAUUAGCCUAUCAGAAGUACAUGCUAUUAAUGACCUUGGAUAAAUUGAGUUGAGCAAAAGGCUAACAGUCUGUUUAGGAUUACACAGUGCUGGGUCUAGCCUUUUGGUGGCCCUAAGCAAAAUUUGCUUUUGUCGCUUAUGCCUAGAACCAGCCCUGGGGUUACAUCUAACAUUACAUUUUAGUAAAUGCUAGCUUUAAAAGUAAGGACUGCCUGUUUCUUGAGUAAAUAUGUCUAAUGCAGAAUACUGUAUUAAAAUGUGUCUUUUUUAA